CUGGCACUCUGCUCCUAAUACGGAACUUAAGCUGGUUUGCCACUCGUAAAUGCCUGUCAUUCUGACUUCCGGGUCGUCCGGCCGUCUCAGCAUAGCACGGCACUUUUAAGAAAGUCCACUUGGCCCUAGGCAACGUCUUGGUAGAGGUAGGUAGAUCAAUUUUUACAGCCAUGAGUCUCAGAGAACACUCUUGCAUUAUCUUCUCUUGAGUAUUUCCCACUACGUGCCGCACAGCUAACCAAUCCCUCAUACGGCGUGCGCUCGUCAGUACCACUCGAUUCAAUUACAGUUACUCCUUGCCCUUUUGCGUUUUCACAUCAUGAAGGUCAAUCAGCUCGCCUUGCCUGCCUGGGCACUCCUGCUUUUUCAGGCUGCAGCGAAAUCUUUCGCCGCGGCCGAAAUCGACGUCGACGUCGCCAUCAUUGGCGGCGGCAGCGCCGGCAUCCACGCCGCAAUCCACCUCAUGGACGACGGCGCCAAGAUCGCCGUUAUCGAGAAGAAGGGCCAAAUCGGUGGCCACGCCGAGACCUACGUCAACCCGCAGACCAAAAUUCCGGCCAACGUCGGCGUCGUCGUUUUUGAGAACACGGAGAUUGUCAGCAACUACUUCUCCCGCCUCAACGUUUCGACCAUCAAGUCCAACCCGCUCAACAGCGCCUCCACCGCCGCGGCCAAGAGCUACGACUUCUCGCUUGGGAAGCCCAUCCCCGCGCAGAACGCCUCUGCCUCGGCCGCGCAGCAACAGGCUCUUCUCGCCGCCGCGGAGGCCUACUCGACUAACGUGCUGGCUGCGUACCCCUGGAUCGACCAGGGCUUCCUCGUUCCCGACCCCGUGCCGGAAGAGCUCACGAUCCCCUUUGGGAAGCUUGCUGAAAAGUACAACUUCACGGCGCUCUUGAGCACCAUUGCCCAGUUCAACUGGUGGACCGGAGACGUCGCAACGAUCCCGGCGCUGUACGGCAUCAAGGGUCUUGGACCCGGUCUGCUCCAGAGUAUCUUUGGCGAGUUCAUCGUCCCCGCCAGCGGUGAUACCCGGGCCCUGUACGACGCCGCCGCCGCGAAGCUUGGUGACAGCGUGCUGCUCAACUCUGACAUUGUUGAGGUCAAGCGCGACGUCAAGAUCGACAAUAUCACCACCUCGGGCGUCACUGUCCUCGUCCAGCAGCCAAACCAGCCCGAGAAGCUCAUCCGCGCCCGCAAGCUCCUCAUCGCCAUCCCCCCUACCCUGGAGAACAUGGCCAAUUACGACCUCAGCUCGGAAGAAUACGCCCUCCUCUCCAAAUUCUCCGCCCUCGGUUACUGGGCCGGCGUUGCCACAAUCCCAGGGCUGAACAACAGCCUUACCAACAUUGGUGUACAGGACCCCUACAAUCAGCCCGUCAUCCCCGGCACAAACGGCUUCAACGCGGCCGGGUCCCCCGGCGACUUUUUGGUAGGUCUCGCCUUCCAGGAUACAAACUACACCGAGGCGGAUGUCAAGGCCAUCCUUGUUAAGAACCUGGCUACGCUUGCCGCCGUCGGCGCCGUUCCUCAGGACGCCGCGCAGACGGUCACAUUCCCAUAUGGCUCGGAUCACGGGCCCUUCAACGUCCGUGUGUCGGCCGAAGAGAUCCAGGGAGGGUUCUAUGGCAAGCUGCUUGCUUUGGAGGGCGCACGUAACACGUACUGGGCUGGCGCGGCUUUCGCCAGCCACAACAGCGGGCUGGUGUGGACGUUCAACAAUGGAACGGUUUUGCCAGGUUUGAAGAAGGAUCUUGGUCUGUAAAUGGAAAUACAAUCUUAUCCGCACGGCAAAAAAGAAAGAAAAAAGAAAUUAAUAAAUAAAAAAGGCUGGAAGCUUAAUAUAGUUCUUUAUAAUAUAAGUUGCCUUC